AUGUCGAUGGCAUCCGGAGUGGUCCAAGUGCAGCCAAUAUGGACAGAACUAGGUCCAGAAAGAGCAAAGGCUUUGCCAGCCUUCCACGCAUUCACGGGGGCAGACAACACCGGGAGGUUCUCUCGCAUAGGCAAGGCAACCUGGCUGCAAGUCUACUUUAAGGCAGGCGGAGAAGUUAUCAAUGCUCUGCAGAUGCUUUCAGAUGCCGCUGAAGUCACUGAAGAGCUGCUGUUAACGCUGACAACAUUCGUCUGUUCUGCAUACGCACCAAAGGGCAUCCAGAUUGCGAGCAUCCCGGAGCUGCGAUGGCAUCUUUUCUGCAAGCAUAUGGCUGAAAGUGACAAGCUGCCUCCCACCCUUGGUGCUCUCAAGCAGCACAUCCACCGAGUCCAGAUCCAGGCCACAGUCCAAGAAUGUCUCUUCAGUCCCAUCAUGCACAGACCUCUGCCAGUGCAGCACUCAUUGUUUUUUGGCGAUGAUCAACCUUUGGAGCUGAUAAUGCUAGACGUGAAGCCAUUAAUGGGUGUACUGGAAGGUGUCCUAAUGGAACUGAAUGACUGUGCAUUCCCCUUGCUCAGAGGAAUCAUUGCAACGGCUGAUGAAGAGACAGCAUUUACUAACGUUGAUGCAGCUCUACUACUAAGUGCCAUGCCAAGAAAAUGGGGAAUGGAACGAAAGGAUCUACUUGCUGCAAAUGUGAAAAUGGUCAGAAGUCAAGGAAAGGCAUUAAACAAAUGGGCCAAGAAAAGCGUGAAGGUAGUGGUUGUGGAAAUUCAGCAAACACCAGUGCAGCCCAUUGCAGCAAAAUACGCUCCGUCAAUCCCAUCAAGAAAUUUUUCUGCCAUGACUAGACUUGACCAGAACCGAGCUCAAUCGCAGGUAGCCGCCAGGGUGAGAGAGAGUGGAGUGGGGGUGGACGCCGUGUCCGGCAUCGUUGUCUGGGGCAACCACUCCUCCAGCCAGAUCCCAGACGUGUCGCACGCAUCUGUCGAGAAAGAUGGACGAGUGAUGUCUGUGUGUGAGGCGGUCGGUGGCAAUGAGUGGCUGAAGGAGAGCUUUGUCAAGGUGCGAGAACAAUGCAUUUUUGAAAACGAAAUAAGUUCCGUCGUGCAUCACUUUGCAUCAUCAUUAGUAUCGAUUAGGCACAAACCCUUUGCGUUCCAGCCAGAAACUGCCUGGACCCAGUCCGAACUGGAAAUGAAUCAAGUUCGCCCUCCCGCCACCGCGUUCUCGCUCAUUGCAUAUAUCUAG